AUGGUCAGCAGCCGCUCCCACUCAGCAUGGUGGCGCACCUUGCUACCAGCGCUUUUGUUCGCCUCUUCGACAUCCGCCGCAGCGAUCAAGCGUCAGAAUCAGGAUCCGCCCCAGAAGMCACUGAAGUUCAAUUUGACUCUUGCGGACUUCAACGCCACGUUGGAAAAGUACCUCCCUGUCAGGCUGUCUGCUAACACGGAAGCUCUGAAACCCAGCGUGGAAGAGGCGACCUUUGAGAACACUGUCCAAGUUCUAUCGGAUCGGAUCAACGAGGCAAACCUCAUCAUGACUCCCCUCUACGUGUAUGGCAACCUGGGUGACACCCCAGAACUCCGACAAGGCGUCAACGCUGUCUUCUCACGGGCCAGCGAAAUCUUACGCAACUCCACCGCCGACCCGAACCUGUACGCGCGACUCGAAAAGGUCUACAAACAAUUCGAGCAGGACAACAAGCUGGAUACAGCCGAGGGUAUCCUCGCCAAAGGCUGGUUCGACAGUGUCAAAUCUGCCGGUGCCGGCUUUCCUCAAGGCCCAGCAAGAGACAGAUUUCUCCAACUCGGCAAGGAAAUUGGCGACAACCAGGACACCUUCCAACAAAAUGUACAAAGCAUCAACACCACGAUGUGGUUCACUCGUGAGGAACUGGAUGGAGUCAAGUCUCAAGAUCUGGACAACUUGAUCAAAGGGGAAGGCGAGAACGCUGGCAAGUUCGGAAUCGACUUGGCGUCAACCACCGACUACUCGAAAGUGCGAGGAUGGGCCAAAAGGCCAGACAUACGCCAGAACAUGUCCUUAACAGCCUCUAGUCUAGUCCCCGAGAAUAUCGACAUCUUCAGAGAGACCCUGGGCCUUCGCGACGAACGUGCUCGGUUGCUCAACUAUACCAGCUUUGCAGACUCUGCUUUCUCGGGGUYAUUCUCAAUGGCCUCAAGUGUGACGGCGGUAACAGACUUCUUGCAGGACCUUCAAACAAGAUUGUACCCCAAGGGACAGGAAGAGUUGCAGGAGAUCAACGAAUUCGCCAAGCAAGAAAAUGCGACUGCCAGGUCAGCGUUCUAUUGGGWCUCUUCUUACUAUGGACGCUUGAUGAACGAAAAGAAGUACAAUCUUUCCUCGGAUUCGACCAACCCUUGGUUUCCAGCCGAGAAUACCGUCAUGGAGAUACUCAAGAUGUACUCUGACAUUUACGGCUUCGACUUCAGAAGAGUCGAAGGCGACGCUCUCGCCCGCCUCUCUCCGACUGGCAAGGUAGAAGACCUCUUCUGGCACAAAGACGUCCAGUUGUAUGCCGUGUGGGAAACCGUGGACCCGACCGAGUUCGUUGGAUAUCUAUAUCUCGAUCUCUACGAUCGUCCUGGAAAAGCUCCUGGAGCCUACAUGUUCCCGCUCGAGGCUGGCUACAUCAAACCCGAUGGCGAUCGUCAUUAUCCUACGACUGCUCUGGGAACCAAUUUCAAGCAGGCACGCAACGCUAGCGAUACUCCUGCUCUGCUCGCUGGUGGUGAAAUGCAAACCUUGUUCCACGAGUUGGGCCACUKCAUGCACCAACUCUCGUGCCGCGUUCGAUAUGCCGCUCAAUGCGGUACCAACGGUACCCCGAACGACUUCUUGGAGAUGCCCAGUCAGAUGAUGGAGAAUUACUGGUACGAGCCCACCGUGCAGAGACGCCUUAGCAAGCACUGGUCCUAUCUCAGCCCCGCCUACCUUGCUCUUUGGAAGAAGCAAAACCCGGGUCAGGAGCAGCCACCCGAGUCUAUCCCGGAAGACAUCAGCAACGCCGUUGUCCAAGCCCGCAGCAGUCAACGUGCGUUGGGCGAACUUGGCCAAGUCUUCUAUGGAACUUACGACAUGACCCUUCACACCGCCAACUCCACCGAAGAAGCCAACAAGACCGACACCACCUACCUCUACAACAAGAUGUUCCUGGAAAUUGAGGGUUUCCCAGGAUCUGAAAGCCUGACGGAGCCCRAGAACUACACCAGGACGUGGGGCCAAACCCAGUUCACCCACCUCAUGGGAGGCUACGAAGCUGGCUACUACUCCUACCAGUGGAGCAAGGUGUACGCCAAGGACAUCUUCUACUCCAAGUUCAAGCAGAAUCUGUUCAACGGCACUGUGGGCAGGGAUUAUCGCGAGAAGGUGCUGGCGCCAGGUGGGUCGAAGAAUCUGACAGGUCUGUUCAUCGACUUCUUGGGCAGGGCGCCAACCGCGGACGCUUUCUACAAGGAUCUGGGAAUUGAGGCGUGA